GCCUCGCUACCACAAGCACCGAAAUUCUCCCAAACAAGUGUUGAUCAGCCCUUCAUUCCCCGAGCCAUCUUUUCUUCCUCCCUUGAAGAACCGUCGGUGGAUCAGAUGUUGGCGGACCAAUCUAUCACCCAAUCACUAUCGACUCUAGCUACAGAAGAGCCUAUGCUUCAAAUCCGCAUUCUGGGCGACUCUGACUCUCUCCCUCCUCCCCGUAAACGCGCAAAGACAAACAAGCCAUUGGUGACAGAGUCAAGUGCACCAAAACCUCUUUCCAGAAAGCGAUCAAAGAGCGAGCGUCCUACCCAGUUGAUCCGUCACUCCUCUUCGGAAGCUGCUGCAGGAUCUUCGGAUCUGACUUCGGUCACUAAAAGAGGGAAUGGCAAGAGGGGUUCCACGGGGAAGAAUUAUACGGAAGAUGAGGACAAACUAAUUCUGGAUCUAGUGACUAGUCGAACGCUUUCGAGUGAGACUCUGUCACCUAUCUGCGCUUCCCUCGUCGCUGCAGGAUUCGCCGAACGAACCUGGACAGCACUUCGUUGGAGAUUGUGUCAUCCUCUGAACGACCAGUUUAAAGCGCGUAUUGCUCAGUUGGAAGGUGGAUGGAUGGAGUGAUGAUAGAUUCAUGUAUGUAGAUUCUUCUCUGGUAUAUGGACGUCAACUGUAUAUUCAUCAUUCAUGUAUGCAUCAUCAUAAGUAUGUAU